UUUCUUGUCUGUUGGCAUAGGAAGUUGGAGUAGAAUCGUUUGUCUACAUUAAGUUUUUACAGUGUUUUGGCGUUAUUUUACGGCCAUGUGUGGUUUUAUUUAUACAUUGAACAAAAUUCCUAGUGAUGCUAUCCACUUCUGUAAAUAAUAAAGUUAAAAAUCCAAAGGGAUCGGAGAGUUCCGACGGUUUAGAUAGAAAUGAAAUCGGUCAAGAAAACACAACGGAUGAUAAGGUCAGAGGUUAUGUUGGUUCGUACGAUUCUCCGUCUUUUGGCGGACCGCACAGAGAUGGUAGAUUUCGGAGCCGAGGGCGUAUCACUGAAUUUAGACAUUCACGAGGGAGCGGGCGAGGUUCCGGUCGGGGCCGCGGUGACUUCCCGCCAAGGUCUGAACAUGCUCACGAUGAGAAUUCCUGUAAAUAUCACGAACCGUUAGGACCAUCGAAUAAUGACGCCUGGUCCCAAGGAAAUAGUAAUAAAUUUUAUGAUAGAUCAGAGCUUGUCGUCAAUCUACCUGAAGAUCCACGUAUAUCAAAGCUUUUGCGUCGCUUGUGUGCAGAAGUCGAUGUUGAAAAGUCUUUGGUUAUAUGUAGUAAACUGCAGGAUGCGGUCAUGCUUCCCGAAAAUGCAAGAUAUAUACGAAGAUCUUAUGAUAUCCUAGUGGAAUCAUUGUUGGAUGUUCUGUUUGAUGCUCCAAGUCCGGAGACAAAGGAGAAGGCUGCAGUUGUUUUGGGAAGGAUCGGUUAUGUUAUGGGACAUGAUUUUAAGAAACAUCUGGAUUGGAUUUUGGUGACAUUCUCUGAGCACAACACAUCUAUUAAACAUUAUUUGACUCUCUCGUUUGUUGAAACAUUUCAGCUAGAUUUUCAAACACCUAAUCUAUCUGAUUUUGCAGAAAUGACUCUAGAUCGCUUGCAGGAGAUCAUAGAAGGUACCGACUCUGCUGAUGUGUUUAUGGCUGCAAUCAAUGCCAUGAUUGUUAUGUCAAAUUUAUAUCCUGAACAUUUUGCAAAUCAUUUUGUAGACACAGUAGACAUUCUUGUCGGGUGGCAUGUUGACAAUGCACAGCCUAAAAAAAUUAAGGAAUUUGCCCUUCAGUCUUUAUUCAAACUGAGCCGCCAUUGGCAAGCAGAUGUUGGAUUUUCGGUAAAUCUUCUAAACCAAUUUAUAGAAGAUAUGGUGGCCUACACAAAUGAACUUGAGUCCAAUAACCAUGAGUCUGAAUCUGAUUCUCAUGAAGACUGUAUGCAGAAAAUAGCAUCAUUUCUGAAUGUGUUCAACACUGUUGUGAAAAGCUUGGGCACCCUGCUUAGUCCUACAGUUUCUCAAACUGUCUCUUGGUCAUUCCUCACCGAAGCUAUGACAAAAAUUAUUCAAGUAUUGACUGAAGUGCUAAGUGAUGAUGUUGAGCCAGAUUUAAUAAUGGCAGGUAAUGAAAGUAUAACAUUGCUCCUGAAAUAUUUGCAGACAAAAGCAACUUCUUGCUCAUCAGCACUAUUUUCACUAAUAACCGUGGAGUUGACAAAAUAUCUAUUGAUUGACACAGAUGUCUGCCUCAGCAUUAUAAGUCUUAUUUCUAUAACUAUUAAAGAGAUAGCAGCAAAUCUACCACUAGAGUUCAUCACGCAAAUUAUUGGCCCUCAGUCUUUACUUCGGCCCUUGAGGUUUACGGAUAACAGCAAAAUCCUCACAAAUGUUAUGUUGGUGUACAGUAAUUUCUUAAAUUUGAAAAAUAUCCCCUUAUUACAAGAAACAUAUAAAUUCGUCUUGAUGGAUAUACAAAAUGCCUUCUCUGUUAUUAUACCUGGCAUAAUGAUUAUCCAGGUUGAAUACAUAGAAGAACUUUCCACGGAAGAUGCCGAAAAAAACAUAUUGUUCUAUUUACAAUGUCUGUCUGACCUAGCAAAUGCAAGCAACUCCAUCAUUGGUAUGUGGGCAUUGAAACCAAGCAUUCUAGAACUUUUGGCAAUCAAGAUGUGUCCCCAUGAUGAAAAUUUCAUAAAGCAAAAGCCUGCUUUGCAAUAUGCUAUAUUAUAUUUACUUUAUUCUCAUUGCAAAAAGAAUAAUCAUUUUAUCGCGUCAAGUGACUUGGUCACUAAUACUCAACAGAGAGCAAGUGAUAUUUAUGGUCUAUCAAAUCUAAAUAUUGGAGAUGUUUCAAGUGUGAGUCCAACCUCAGGCCAUUUAGCUGUUAUAUUGAACACAUUGAGCAUUGUUCUGGAAGAAGAUGUACCACAAGAAACAUUGUUAUUGGUAUUAACUUGGAUAUCAGAUAUUUUCUGUCAGCUUGAUAAAUAUUUGCCAAUUGUAAGCUUGUCAAAAGGUUUCUUGGUUUUAACAACAAACAUGCUAAUGCAUGCCCACAAUUUCAAUGAAAAUGUUACUCUCAUUGUAUUGCAGAACUCUCAGCAAUUACUAAAAAAUAAAGGUUUGGUGUGGAAUGCUAUGUUGCUGAAGAAAAUGGCUGUAAUAUGCAUGUUACAUAUAGAUAGUCUGAAUAAAUCAGUGUCAAGUGUGUGCAAAGAGGUGCUCUUUCAACUCCCUUGGGAUAUUGUCCAACAAGAACUUGACAGGCAAAUGGUCAAAGUUUUUACAUCUAGAAAGGUCAGCCUGACAGUGCUCAAUAGUGACACAAAGCUCAAUGCUUUAAAAGAGUAUCUGAUGAGAGGAUCAUUUACAACAUUAUCUAACAUUCAUUUCAAAUCCAUAAUGAAUUGUUUAUUACAGUUAUCAAUCACUGACAAAAACUUGUUGAUCAAUGCCUUUUUAGUGUCAUGGCCAAUACAAGGACAAGACUUAGAUGAGAAAAAUUUACUUUUCUUUCGCGAAUGUGCAACAUGUUUCUCUUCAAUUUGUGUGAGCUGGGCACUUUCUGAAUUGGCACAAACUUGUAUCACACUGAAAUUGAGAACUGCUUUGGGAAAACCACAGGAUACUUUUACGAAGAUUGAAGGUGCUUUAAAAGCAAUAGCCAGAGACAUAUCUUCAACUGAAACUAAGUAUGUAGCUGAUGAUGAACAUAAGUUGCUCGACGUUGUAGUUGCCGAGCAGGUCCGAACACAUUGGUUUAUUGAGUUUAUGACGUUCUUGGAAAAAUACAUUUAUAAUGCAGCUGAAGGCACUGCCACAGUCCUGCCCGUUGUCGGAAAACCUGUAAGAACAUUUUUUCAUACUAACUGGCCAACCUGUCGUGAAUGGCAAAACAGAGUACGUCCUGCCACAUUAGCUGUUAGCUUACAUUCAGGCCAUUUCGGCGCUGUUAUUUAUCACGCAUCUCUCAUCCUCCAAGCUGCACUUUCCAAUACGAACAUCGAUAUUGAAGCUAUAGCAAUUAGUAUUGCGCGUGCAAUCAUUAAAAUUCAAGAGCCAGAAGUUUUACAUGGUUUAUACAUAUGGCUGAAACAAAAUUUCAACAAGAAACUACCCUGGUUAAAGGGGGCAGCUGAACAAGCCAAUUCCCGCUAUGAAGCAGCAAUCGAAUUUUACAAGAAGCUAAUUGCCGAAAGAGGUAACACUGACACUGAUUCUAACACAGUUCUCCUAGAUGCAAAAGGAACUAAAUUUGUUGAAGAGCAAAUGAUAGAUUCUUUUAAAAACAUACAAAGUUGGCAAGAAAUACAAACAUUAACGAUUUAUAGCGAUGAAAAUAAAUCAGAUUCCUAUUGGGAGUGCUCCUCUGCGUUAAGCAUGUUUGAAGAUGGCGAAGAAAUCACUGAUCAAUUGUCCGACUGGGAUAUUUUGCGACCGGAAAGUACAGAAUUGCCAAAAAAUACUUGCUCUUAUCAAGGCCUAUUAAACAAGAUCGAAUCCACUUUAUUGUACACGGCAAUAAAUUAUUAUUAUAAUGAUUACGAUGAUACAUUCGAUGACAUCCUUCUAAAUUGUAAGACGUUGCUCAAUGCAAGCGCAGAAGAAUUUGCUAGGACGAACGCUGUACACCUUUUAAAAGAAAUUGCUGUACUGCAACUAGCGAAUCAUGGAUUGACAAGUGUGAUAAAGAACGGAAAAGCAAUAUUAAAUCCAUUUAAACCGUCUGUUGUUAAAGAUCAUAAAUAUGGUACGCAGUUGAAGAAUUUGAGCAGGAUUUUGUGGUGGAAUCAAUACUUCACGAAAUUAAAUAUGACCGAGGAAAAUAUAUUUUAUACAGAGUGUCUAAGACUCGAUGUCAUAAAGAGUGCAAGAAAAAAUGCUAACUUGCUCAUGGCUAAAAGAGAACUCCUCAAACAUUUCAAACAAAACGCUGCAUUUCAAAUGUGUGUACAUAAUGUCGAUACUCUGGAUGACAUAAGCGAGUUACUUUUGAUGUCCAGUAAUACAUAUGAUUUAGACAUUUGGACAUUGAAUAACGCAACUGCUUUGGCGGAACUUUGCAAAGUUACAUAUGCAAAAGAAGAUACACGAGUACGCGCUAUCAAUUUGUGUGCGAAUAUUGCCCUUGGCUUUUCGCAGCGACUUGCUAUGGGCGAACAAAGCUACGAACUAAGAGAAAAAGGAACGAGACUACUGUUAACGCUUUCAAAAUGGGUACAAAGCGAAAACGACGAAGUAAUAGAUAAUGAUUCACCUUUAAUGAAACUAGUAUCAGCUUUACCUGAAAUCGGCCUUGUGGAUAAUAAUAUUUCUGAAAAUGUUAUUCCGCUUUCGGACUCUGCUGUGGGCAAAUUGUUGCAGUUUGGCGUUAAUCAAUGCCCGGGUCUUGCGAAAGCUUGGGCGAGUUUUGCCUCAUGGUGUUUUAGAUGGGGACGUAAGAUGGUGGAAUUCAGCUCCAAAACGAGGGAGCAGCUCACUGAUAACGAUAAAAUUCAAAUAGAGGGAGUUAUGAUCGGAUGCUCUCCGCAGGAUUUCGAGGCUGUGUGCGAAAUUUUAUCGAAAACAAAAGCAACUUGCGACGAUGAAGACAUCGACUGGAAUGAAAUAAAUACUUCAGAAAUGAUCGAGAAUCACUUACGAACUGUACCCUCGUUAAACAACGCUUUCCCAGAACAUUUGGCGUUGCUCGUCGAUAUAUGGCGUCAGGCGCAAAAAAGAGUAUUUUCAUACUUUGAACUCUCUGCUGAUGCUUAUUUUAAAUUUUUACAACUUAUCUGUGCAUCAGAUUACAUCAAUCACAGCGGUGAAAACUCAGUAGUAAACGCUACAUUGCGAUUGUUAAGAUUAAUUGUUAAACAUGCUAUGGAGUUACAAACAGUUCUCGAGUCCGGAUUGGCGAAUACUCCCACACAACCUUGGAAGGUGAUUAUUCCUCAACUAUUUUCUAGGCUUAACCAUCCUGAAACGUACGUGAGAAAAUGUGUUUCCGAUUUACUAUGCCGGUUGGCAGAAGAUACUCCUCAUUUAAUUACAUUCCCGGCCGUCGUGGGCGCAGUUGAAAACGAACAGAACAGUUUGACGGAAUUAAGUGUACCCCGGUCACUUUUAUCUAACGAAGAUGUUGAAAGCGAUGAAGAUAAUCUCGACUUGGAAGACAAUGGAAGUGACAAAACAACAAAUAAUGAAUUAAAUUCUUGUUUCCUCGACAUGGUGGAAACAUUAGCCAAACAAGCGCCGAAGACUAUUCUACAAGUAAAAUUGUUAGUGAAGGAAUUGCAAAGGAUAAAUCUACUGUGGGAUGAAUUGUGUCUCGGGACAUUAGUCCAGCAUCAUUCUGAAUUUAACAAGCGAUUGACUCAAUUGGAAGCCGAAAUUGCCAGAGUUAAAAAUAACGUUAAUUUAUCUGCGGAGGAGAAAGAAAAGUUGAUCAAAGAGAAACAUCGAAUUAUUUUCGAACCUAUCGUAUUUGUUUUAGAACAGCUGAACCAAGUUACAUCGGCUAAACCCGAAACACCCCAUGAGAUAGCAUUCCAAGCUAAAUUUCAAAGCCUUAUAACGGAUGUUAUUGAUAAAAUGAAAAAUCCACCGAAUCCCGAUAAACCGCAAGAAUCAUGGGCGCCUUUAAAGCAGUUACAGAUAAAAUUGCAACAAAAAGUCAACAAGCGCACAUCGUAUAUUUUAAAAAUGUCCGAUAUUAGUCCCGUUUUGGCUGAUAUGAAAAAUACUGUCAUUACAAUGCCAGGCUUGCAUACAAAUCAAAGAACCGUUAGGGUAACGAUAAAAUCCGUGGAAAACAAUGUCGCUAUCUUACCUACGAAAACCAGACCUAAGAAAUUAAUCUUUUACGGAUCGGACGGUAAAGCGCACACGUAUCUCUUCAAGGGGCUAGAAGAUUUGCAUUUGGACGAAAGAAUUAUGCAAUUGUUAUCGAUAACGAAUACUAUGCUGGCGCGCGACUCCGAGAACAACGACAAUCAGACAUAUAGAGCCCGUCACUACUCCGUCAUACCUCUAGGGCCGCGGUCCGGCUUGAUCAGCUGGGUGGACAACGUCACGCCGCUCUUUGCACUGUACAAGCGGUGGCAAAACAGAGAAGCGGCGAUCAUUUCCGCCAAAACCAACAAGACUGUGAACGUUUUACGUCCGUCGGAACUGUUCUACAACAAAUUGAACCCUCUGCUUAAAGAGGCGGGCAUAUCGACUGAGAGCAGGAAGGAGUGGCCCGUGUCAAUCUUGAAGCAAGUGCUGCAGGAGCUGACAGAGGAGACGCCGCGCGACCUGCUGCGCCGCGAGCUGUGGUGCGCCAGCGUCACACCCGACCACUGGUGGCAGACAACGCGCCGCUACAGCUACUCGCUAGCCGUGAUGAGCAUCAUAGGCUACGUGAUCGGGCUCGGCGACAGACAUCUGGACAACGUACUUGUGGACCUAACGUCCGGCGAGGUGGUGCACAUCGACUACAACGUGUGCUUCGAGAAGGGCAAGACGCUGCGUGUGCCGGAGAAGGUGCCGUUCCGCAUGACACCCAACCUGGUGGCGGCGCUCGGGGUGACCGGCGUGGAGGGUAUAUUCCGUUUGGCAUGCGAGCACGUCCUGCGCAGCGUGCGACGCGGCCGGGAGACUCUGCUGACGCUGCUGGAGGCAUUCGUGUACGACCCGCUGGUGGAGUGGGGCGGCGGGCGGCGUCGCGGGGCGCGCCACGUCCGCGCCGCGCGCGCCAUGCUCGCCGUCAGGGUGCGCGAGAUGGAGCACUCCAUCGAUGACGUCACAGAACAGCUCAUGUCGAUAUUACCCGAGGUGCAACAAGCCGUGGAGAAGUGGGCCGCAGAGAAGGAGGAGCUGCUGUCGAUAGAGACAAAGCUGCAAGACUGCCACCAGCAGAUGGCGUUGAUUAAAGAGAUCGAAGCGUACGGGCCCAACCUCAGCAGCCACCCGCUCUAUGCUAUAUCGCAGAAGUACUCAUCGUACAAGCAAGCCAAGAAUGCCGUCGAGGAUUCCAUGAAGGCGCUCAUAAAGAUAUUAAAAGAUUUCGACACUCAAAUAGAGAAUUUCGCUACAACUAAUGAAGUGCUGAAUGGACCCCAGCUGAUGACGUGGGUUCAAGAGUUUUCAGGUACCAGCGAGGACGACGAGAGCUCGAUUUUUGAGCACAUAAAGGAAUUUAUGACGAACGCCGGGCAGAGCUCGAUGAUAUCCCAGUGCGAGCAAGCGGAGGCGGAGCUGAACCAGAGCAUGCAGCAGAUGAGCGCGCUGGUGCGCGGCUGCCUCGAGCUGCUGUCCCAGUACGUCGCCAUCUCCCAGUACUACCCCCAGAGCCGCACCGAGUACCACCGCAUCGUGAUGUUCCGCAAGUACCUGGCCGCCGCCCUCGACACCGACCUGCCCGAGGUCUGCCGCGAGGUCUCCAACCAGCUCGCCGCGCUCAUCGCCGCCGACACCGGCGCCGGCGACCCGCAACAGAUCGCCGCCUACAACUAUCGUCUGCAGCAAAUCAACGCAGACGCAAACGCACAACUUAACAAAUGCUUGGAGAGGUUGCAGCUGGAGGGCGGACCGGACGCCGUCGCGCUGGCGCAGGAGGCAUACGCGCAGGCCAAGACGAACAUAACGACCUGGGUGAGGGCCGGAGAGGGGAACGCGGCCGCCCUCGAGGGCGUAGUGAUCGGCAUGCUCUGCAGCCUGAACAGAAGGUUCUUGAUGCUGGAGACGGGGGCGCAGAGCGCGGGCGACUGCCUCGUCGACCUCACCUCCCGGGAGGGCGAGUGGUUCCUGGACGACAUGAACGCGCUGUCGGUGCAAGCGGUGGAGCUGCUGUCGUUGCUGCCGCUGCAGGCCGCCGCCGCCGAGGACGAGGCCGCGUCCGCGGCCGUCGAAUGCGUCAGGAACGCCAACCUGCUGCUGGCCGACCUGGUGCAACUCAACUACAACUUCAGCACCAUCAUCUUGCCCGAGGCCCUCAAGAAGAUCCACUCCGAGGAGCCCUCGGUGCUCAUCAUGAUCUCCGAAUUGAACGCCGUCAUCAUGAACUCCCCCGUGCCGCUCAACGACCUCCUGGCGCAGUUGGAGAUGCAUUUCAGAUACUUGGUUAUGGACAUGGAGUCUCCGGCGAGCGGCGCGGCGCUGGCUGCGGCGGAGGUGCGCGCGCGGUACGAGGCGCUGCUGUGCGCGCCGCGCGAGGCGGAGGGGCAGGCGGCGGGCGCGGGACGCAUGCUGCUGAUGGGCUUCAACGGCCUCUUCGCGGCCGUGGAGCUGCGCGCGCGCGAGCUGGCCGAUCACCUGGCCGCGCCUACCCCGCCCGCCUGGAGGAAGAUCGACCACGUCAACGAUGCCAUGCAUAUGUCGGCGGCGAUGCAGAGCCCGGCGCUGCGCGCGGUGCUGGAGGACAUCUUCGUGGUGCGGCGCGUGCAGACGGCGGCGGAGGUGCUGGCGGCGUGCGCGCAGCUGGCGGCCGCACACCGCGGCGCCGCCCCGCCCCUCGCGCCGGACGACGCCCAGCUCGCCCGCCCCGUGCGCAGGUACACAGCGGAAUACGUGUCGCGCUGCGUGCUGGGCAUCCACUCGAAGGCGCUGGCGACCGUGCUGUGUCUGCUGCUGCGCCGCGCCCGCCUCGACCUCAGCGCGGAGGUCGAGCAGAAGGAGAUCGGCGCCUCAUGGAGCGUGUCGCUGGAGUCCCUGUGCGAGAAGGUGUCGGUGGGCGGGUGCGGGGGCGGGGCGGCGGAGCGGGGCGCGGUGCUGGCGGGCGCGCUGCAGGCGGCUGCGGCGCGGCUGGAGCGCGCGCACGCCGCGCACCGCCGCCUGCAGGCCGCGCAGGCCGCCGCACGCGAGGCGCGACUGCGCAGCGCCGCGCACAGACAUCUGCACGCCGAGGUGCUGAACGGCAGCGGCGACCCGGGGCCGGCGCUAGCGCGGCGCGCGCGCGAGUUGGCCGCGGCGGGCGAGCGCCUGGCCGCCGCCACCGCGCGCGCACAGUCGCUCGUCGCCUCCGCGCACCAGAGGGUGAAGUGGGGCGCGGGCGCCAACCCGGCGCUGCGGUCGGUGGUGCGGGCGCUGGAGGCGGGGUGGGCGGGCAAGCAGGUGGAGACGGUGUCGCUGCUGGUUCGCGAGAUGGCGAGCGGGGUGAGCGCGGGCGCGGUGGCGGGGCGCGCGCGGUGCGAGGCGGCGCGCGGGGCGGUGCGGGCGGCGGCGGCGCGGCUGGAGAGCGGUGCGGCGGCGCGGGCGCAGCUGGAGCGCGAGCUGCGGGCGCCGCUGCAGGCCGCGCCGGCGGACGCGGACCCGGCGCACGAGCUGUGGGCGCGGUGGCGCGCGGCCGGCGACCUGCUGGCGGCCCUCGCGCAGCCGGACGUGGAGCCCGUCGCCGCGGCCGCCGCCGCCGCCGCGCUGCAGCGGGACCUGCCCGCGCUGCGGGACGCACUCAAACAACUUCCUAACACAUGGACGGAGCAAGGUCGAAAGUUGACGAGGCAGGCUGCGGUCACGACGCCAUCUAAACCCGCUCCCAACUCGAAGCACGGGGGCGGGGCAGGAGGCGGUGCUGGGGGCGGAGGCGGGGGCGGGUCCGGCGAGCAGCGCAACGCGAUGGGCGCGGGCGUGUGGAAGCGCGUGCGGCUGAAGCUGGAGGGGCGCGCGGGAGAGCAGCCGCGGCGCGCGCUCGCCCCGCACGAGCAGGUGGAGCACGUGAUAAAGGAAGCGACGAGCGCAGAGAACCUGUGCAUGAUGUACGAAGGCUGGAUGGCGUGGGUGUGAGCGAGGCGGCGCCCC